AAGAGAAAUCCAUAGAAGAAUAUGCUGAAAAUCUAUGGGGGAACCCACGUUGGAUCAUGCACGCAAAAGUAUGGUCGCUCGAAUCAGAAUAUUCGACUGACGCAGAGGAAUAAACAAUAUCAAGAACAGCAGGGCUUAUAUCACCGAAGUUUGGAGCGGAAACUUGGCAGGGAAACAUGGCCGAAGGAGGGGUGGGCAAAGGUGGUGAUAGAGGAGAGGAGCCAGGAUCCUUGCAGGGUGGGCAGCAACAGUCCAUGCACGGCGCAGGCCACUGCAAGUGGUUCAAUGUGCGGAUGGGCUUCGGAUUUAUAUCCAUGACCAGUCGUGGGGGAACUCCCGUAGAUCCUCCUAUGGAUGUAUUUGUUCACCAAAGCAAGCUGCACAUGGAGGGCUUUCGCAGCCUGCGGGAGGGAGAGCCACUAGAGUUUACUUUCCAGAUGUCCCUCAGGGGCCUGGAGUCUGUACAAGUCACAGGCCCCGGGGGAGGCCCCUGCUUGGGCAGUGAGAGGAGACAGAAACCCAAGCCCCCAGCCCCACAGCAGAGAUGGAAGCCAAAAGGAGACCGAUGCUAUAACUGUGGAGAACUAGACCACCAUGCCAAAGAGUGUGGCCUGCCGCCCCAGCCAAAGAAGUGCCACUACUGCCAGAGCGCGACGCACAUGGUGGCCCACUGUCCUCACCGGCCCCCCGGCCCCUUGUCUCCCGGCCCUGCCACAGCCACUCAGGGAAGACGCACUACUGUGGACCAGUACCCCUCUACCUUCACCACCACAUCCUACAGCUCCAGUCCCAGGCAGGGAAACAGGCACUCCCAGCCCUCUCAGGACAGUUCCUCCCCCCUCAGCAAGUCCUCCAGCUCUCCGGAAGACCCGGCACAGAUCCAGAGGAGAUCUGGAGGACACCACAGGUUGAAACAAUCCUGAUCCACAUCCACCAUGGACGGAUGCCACCUGUUAGUAUUACCUCCGGUCCAAUAAAACCACCUUCCUUCAGUCUGAUCAGUCUCCUCCUCACACAGACACAUCCUGAGCUACAUCCUGAGCAACCUCAAGCAGAUCCACAUUUCUAACCAAAUGGACAGUAAAGUAUCUAUUUUACUUCCCCAAUCCCUCCCAGAUUCUCCCUCUACUAAACUGUGUACAUCUUAGCUACCUCCUGGGCCAACUCAAACCAUCUCCACAUAGAUAGACCUAUACUCUUAGCUACCUCCUGAGCCAACUCAAACCAUCUCCACAUAGAUAGACCUAUACUCUUAGCUACCUCCUGGGCCAACUCAAACCAUCUCCACAUAGAUAGACCUAUACUCUUAGCUACCUCCUGGGCCAACUCAAUCCAUCUCCACAUAGAUAGACCUAUACUCUUAGCUACCUCCUGGGCUAACUUAAUCCAUCUCCACAUAGAUAGACCUAUACUCUUAGCUACCUCCUGGGCUAACUUAAUCCAUCUCCACAUAGAUAGACCUAUACUCUUAGCUACCUCCUGGGCUAACUUAAUCCAUCUCCACAUAGAUAGACCUAUACUUUUAGCUACCUCCAGAUUCAGACCAGAUUCAGCCUCAUCUACCUCAGACUGGUAGGGAUGGUCAGUCACCCUUGUGUAUCCAUCACUCAGUCAGGUUCAUUGACAUCCACUCUACUAUCAAUUGGGAAUGGGACUGACACACAAACAGCCAAAGCAAUCUUGUUCUUUCUUUUUUGAUAAUUUACCUCAUCUGAAGUCUAUUGUCCCAAAGCUCAGUCUGUUCAAAUUCACCUGGAUUCACCUGGAUUCACCUGGAUUCACCAUUCACCUGGAGUCACCUGGAUUCACCAUUCACCUGGAGUCACCUGGAUUCACCUGGAUUCACCUGGAUUCACCAUUCACCUGGAGUCACCUGGAUUCACCUGGAUUCACCUGGAGUCACCUGGAGUCACCUGGAUUCACCAUUCACCUGGAGUCACCUGGAUUCACCUGGAUUCACCUGGAUUCACCAUUCACCUGGAUUCACCUGGAUUCACCUGGAGUCACCUGGAUUCACCUGGAUUCACCAUUCACCUGGAGUCACCUGGAUUCACCUGGAUUCACCUGGAGUCACCUGGAUUCACCUGGAUUCACCUGGAUUCACCAUUCACCUGUUCCAACGGGAAGUAUUUCUUAGAUUUUCUUUCUCUAUUUUGGAGAACUACACAGGGCGGUUUGAAGCCUUUGUUUUCUCUGUGCGUUUUUCAUCAGACGGUAGCCAAAGACACCCAAACCCAAUCAUACCUCUUAGGCCCGGUUUGCCGGACAAAGAUUAAACCUAGACUUAGUCUAGAACGCCCUUUCAAUGGAGCAUCGUGAUUGUCAUUGAACGUGCUUUUUAGUCCAUGACUAGACUAGAUCUGUGCCUGGGAAACUGUUUCUAACUAAACCAAUGCUAAUAUGAUCAUUUGUCUGUUCAGGGCAGUGAAGAAGUAGUAUGCCUCCUCAUGGUCUCAUUCAUCCUCAUCAAUAAGAAUACUCCAUGUAAAUAUUAAGAUGUAUGUUGAAUGCAUUUAUAAGGAGACACGGUUUAUGUUUCUUCUAACUUUACCCACACCAUAUAUCAUGACCAUACAGUACUUUCUCUCCCACAGGGUACAGCUGCACUGACUGACUGUGAAAAGGGAUUCUCAGUGUGUCAGCGGAGCAGUCACUUCUUAUUGUGUGUUGACAAAUCAAACUUAAUCUAAUCGAAUGACCUUAGUAGGAAGUGUAAGAUGACAAAUAAUCAAUGGGGUGAAAUGUUUGCCUUCAAUCCUUUGACUGCGUGACUGAAGGGCAUGAUACUGCAUGAAACAAAGCCCAGAUAUGUUCUGUAAUGCAGCUAUGAAUUGAACGUCUAGGCUCUGCUAUGUUUACUGACAGUGAAUACGUGUUAUACUCAUAGAUCGUAUAUAUAAUCAAACAUUAGCACAAACCAAACUAGAUCCCUGGAGGACUCAAAUUUUAUAUUUUCUCGCAGGAGAAAGAAUGCUCUCAGGGAACUUACCAAAAAGUUGACUUUUCAUUUUGAGGGGAAUCAUCAUCAUAGAACUAAAUGUGUUUUUGUUUUAAGCAAACCAUGUGAUAUUGAGUUAGUGUUCGACUCUAUAGCCUUAUGUACUGAUCUUAGUAACUACCUCUGAGUUCCAGGUAUACUGUUAUUAUGUCCAUGUUACAUUGUAAAUGGACAUGGCCACAUCUGUGUGAACCUGUGUGUUAUUGUAAGUGCAUACCACCAUCUAGUGGUCAGUUCUGGUCAUUUAUAUUCUGUUUACAUUAUGGUUUCUGUUUGUCUUAGCAUUCAUUGGUCACACCACUUAGACAAAGGACCAAACUGAAAUCCUACACACGGGCCUUGUUCACAGAGUGUACAAAACAUUAAGAACACCUUCCUAAUAUUGAGUUGCACCAUCCCACCACCCUUUUAUCCGCAGAACAGCCUCAGUUCAUCGGGGCAUGGACUGGUGUCGAAAGCCUUCCCCACAGGGAUGCUGGCCCAUGUUGACUCCAAUGUUUCCAACAGUUGUGUCAA